UUUUCCCUUGCUUUAAAUAAAUGAAAACCAAAGCUGCUUUGUAAAUGGAAGCAGCUUUAAUAUAUUCGACAAAUUUAAGUAUGUAAAUUAAGUAGCUAAUGAUAGUGGCUACCGAAAAUGUUACGAUAUUUUCUGUGUAUGCCGCCAUUGUAACAGUUUCCGUGGAAACCAUAGCAUCUGGUGUAUACAAACAAUAAUGCCAAUAAUACUUUGAAGUUAUAUUGAAAAAUCGUUUCUUUAUUACGGAAAAACGAUGAAAGCUGUACCAGCUUGGGUCGACAAAGUUCAAGACAAACCAGAAUGGUGUAUAUACGACUUGUGUUUUAAUCCAGAUGGAACUCAAUUAGUUAUUGCUGCCGGCCAGCAAGUUUUGGUUUAUGAGACCACAGAAGGGGCCUUGAUUCAGCCACUAAAAGGGCAUAAGGACAUAGUUUAUUGUGUAUGUUAUGCAAAAGAUGGUAAAAAAUUUGCAUCUGGAGGUGCAGAUAAGAGCGUCAUUAUUUGGACAUCAAGACUGGAGGGUAUCCUGAAAUAUUCACACAACGAAGCUGUUCAAGCUAUGCAGUUUAAUCCAGUAUCGCAUCAGCUUUUGAGUUGUUCUCUAUCGGACAUAGCAUUUUGGUCUCCGGAACAGAAAGCAGUUGUGAAACAUAAAUCAAAAGGCAGAGUCAAUUGUUGUGCUUGGACGAGCGAUGGUCAAUACUUGGCCAUUGGAUUAGCAACUGGCUAUGUUUCCAUUAGAAAUAAAAAUGGAGAAGAACAGAUACGUAUUGAUAGACAAAAUGAAGUACCAAUAUGGAGUUUACUAUGGAAUCGUCAAUGGGAAAAUUGUACAGAUGUUCUCUGUAUAGCAGAAUGGAAUGGAACUAUAUCCUUUUAUUCGAUAGCAGGAAAACCAGUUGGGAAAGAUAGAUUAUUAAAUUUCAUUCCUCUCAAAAUGUGCAAUUUCGCAGGAGGUCAAUAUAUUUUGAUUUCAGGAAGUAAUAAACAAUGUAUAUUAAUGACGUAUGAUGGAAUACAAUUAAUCAAUGUUGGUGGUACAUUUUCCUCUUGGGUUUGGAGCUGCGCUGUGCACCCAACUUCUACACAUAUUGCAUUAGGUUGUAAGGAUGGUACGAUAACAUAUUUGCAAUUAUCGUGGAACGUUGUACACGGAUUAUACGGAGACAGAUACGCGUACAGAGAAAAUAUGACUGAUGUAAUAAUACAGAAUUUGAUUACCGGUGAAAAGGUUCGAAUCAAAUGUAAAGAUUUGAUCUCCCGCAUUGCUGUAUAUAAGAGUAGACUAGCAGUUCAAUUAUCUGAACGUGUGAUAAUUUAUGAACCAACAAAUUCCAAUGAUGGAAUGCACUACCGCAUAUGCGAAAAAUUAAAUCAAGCAUUGAAUUGCAAUUUAUUAGUUGUUACAGCAAAUAACUUGAUUUUAUGUACAGAAAGGAGAUUACAGAGUUUAUCUCUAACUGGAAUUGUAGAAAGAGAAUGGAUACUAGACGGAUUUAUAACUUAUAUAAAAGUCGUUGGUGGUCCAGUUGGUCAAGAAUGUUUAAUCGCAGGUUUAAAUACAGGCUAUAUAGUAAAAAUAUAUUUAGAUAAUCCCUUCCCAGCACAUUUAACGAAAAUUGAAGGCUCUAUAAGAUGUAUUGAUGUUAGCUCGUUAAAAGAAAAGCUUGCAGUAGUUAGCGAUCAUGGGGUCCUUUAUGUAUUCGAUUUGUAUACGGAGGAAAUACUUCAAGAGUUCCAAGAAGUAAACAGUGUAGCAUUUAACAGUAAUUUCGAGGAUAUAAUGUGUUUUUCAACCGGGGAGUAUUUAGUAAUUAAAGUGGGAAAUUUUACGGAGUACAGACAAAAGUUUACUGGAUUUGUCGUGGGCCAUAAUGGAUCGAAAGUGUAUUGUUUAAAUGGAUCUUGUAUUAUUACAAUGGAGGUACCAUUAUCUCUAUUCAUGUACCAGUAUCUAGACAUUGGACUUUUCUCUCAUGCUUAUCAUAUAGCAUGCCUCGGGGUAGCAGAUUCAGAUUGGUUUACUCUAGGCACUCAUGCUUUGGAACACCUAGAGUUAAGUACAGCAUGCUCUGCCUUUGCUAGGGUCAAAAACCUACGGUACAUAGAAAUCGUGUCCGAGGUGGAAGAAAAACUUAAAUCCGGCGAAUGGGGAAGAGAAGCGUGUAUGGCUACUGCUGCCGCUGCUAUGGGAAAAUUGAAAGAUGCUGCAAAACUUUAUCAGAAAGCUGGAUUACAGCAAUACGCGUUGACAAUGUAUUCUGAUUUACGUAUGUUUGAUAUCGCGCAAGAAUUCAUUGUUAGCGGAAACAGCCAGGAUCGUACGAUAUUACUCCGUAAAAGAGCAGAGUGGGCUAAGAGUCUCGGAGAACCUCGUGCGGCAGCGGAAACAUUUCUCUCAGCGGGGGAUAUAGACCGUGCCAUUAACAUAAUCGCGGAAUAUGGUUGGAUCGAUAUGUUAAUUAAAGUGGGCAAACAACUCGAUAAAACAGACAGAGACAAUUUGACUGUGAUUGCUAAAAAAUUGAAGAAAUUGGGCGCAACCCAUGGCGCGGCUGAAAUUUUUGGUCGUUUGGGAGACGACCCUGACGUAGCGGACGUCUUAGUGGAUGCUCGAGCUUGGCCAGAAGCUUUCGAAUUAGCCGAAAGAAAUCCGAAACUGAAAGCAAGAAUAUAUGGACCGUAUGCUAGGUGGUUGGUAGAGACUGGUCAUUUUUCCGAAGCGCAGGAAGCUUUUCAGAUAGCAGGACAAUCGGAAGAAUCUGUAAUGGUUUUAACGAUGUUGGCGAAAAAUGCUAUUGCCGAGAAUAGAUUUCGCGAUGCUUCUUAUUUUUACUGGCUUCUAUCGCAAAUCAGUUUAAACCUUAACAGAAGCGACGACGAAUUACAAACAAUAUUUACCCAGUAUUAUGAAAAGGCUGACAUAUAUUAUGCUUAUCACGAAAUCCACAAAUAUGUUGAAGAGCCAUUUACAUCGUUAAUGCCAGAGGCUCUUUUUAACAUUUCACGAUUUCUUUUAACAAAGACUCAGAAUAUUCAAGUAGACGGAAUCUCAAGAUUUAUUAUAAUGUAUACUUUGUUGAAACAAGCUUCCAUUCUUGGUGCUCAUAAAUUGACAAUGCAGCUGCUCGAAAAGCUGCGUAAAACAAGAAUUCCAGCAAGUCAACUCGGCCAGUUAGAAACUUCAAGUUUAUUGGCUCGAGCCUCGCCUUAUAGAGAUCCCGAGGAACUUAUGCCACUUUGUUAUAAAUGUUCAACUUUUAAUCCUUUAUUAUCGCUAGAUAAUCAGGGGCAUUGUGUGCAGUGUCGUUUAAAAUUUAAAUAUUCCUUUGUAAUGUUUGAAAUUCUGCCAUUAGUUGAAUUUGAAUUAGAGGAAGGCAUUUCAGACGAAGAAGCAGAGAAAUUAAUAAAUGAAUCAUUAUCAUCAACUGACAAUAUAAUAGACAAAGAUCAGCUUACCAUUGCUCCUGAAGUAGAUUUGUUUACUGCACGUUUAAUGAAAUAUGAGGAAAAAUCGAGUACUUCUACUAUAAUUGUUGGAAGAAGCGUUUUGAAGAGUAUGGAUCCAUGUACUGUAUUGAUCAUAAAGUGGCCAAGACCAUUUAAAACACGAUAUUUUAAAAAUCUUUUGCCCGAUCUACAAAUUACUGUUUGCAAAUCUUGUCUAAAGCUAUUUCAUUUGGACGAUUAUGAACUGGCUUUAUUACGAUACGGACACUGUCCAUUUUGUAGAACAUUAAAUAAAUUUUCUGAUUAGAAUUCUUUCAUUACUAUG